AGCUGUGCUGUGUGUAGUCGUAUUGUAGUGUAUUCUCGCACGUUCCCACCGUGCGUCGCCGCGUUCUGUGUGAGACAGCUGCCACUGUGUUCAUUCGUGCAACCGCGUGUACGUUCGGUUUUGCGAUUACCGUUUUGUUUACAAUCCACGUUGUAUACUAUAUUUCGUUCAGUUUUUAUAAUAUUCCAUUGCAAAUUUUUAAUAUUAUUCGUGAAUAUGUCUUGUAAUUGUUCGAUUAUCAUGAAACAACUACAAAAACAAGCUGCUGUAGACUCUAGCCAGUCUAGCCGCUCCAGGUCUCCAAUAAAAAAAAAUCCAAAGGGAAAGCGAGUUGAUUCUGGUAAAAGACUAUUAAUAAUUAAUGCGUACAAAUCAAAAUUGGAAGCAGAUCCAGAAAAGUCGAUAAGAACACUCCGGCAAGAGAUAUCUAAAGAAUUAGGCAUUGGAGCAACUACAAUUUCCAAAACAAUCAUGGUAUACAACCGUUCGAAAAUUGUGAUAUCUCCAAAUAGAACACGGGUUAAGGUAUCCGCCCGCAUUAAAUUUGAUGAGUUCCAAAGAAAUGUGGUUCGUAGGCACGUGCACAGUUUUUGGUUUAAACGUGAAAUCCCGACUGUAGACAAAAUAUAUCAAGUGGUUUCUAACGAUGAGUCUUUACCACCGAUCUCACGAACCAGCCUUUUUCGUAUUUUAAAAGAUAUGGGUUUUAAGUACAAUAAACGAAGUGGAAAUGGCGCACUGACGGAAAAAACUGAAAUUGUUUUGUGGCGUAGACGGUUUCUUGAAGAUUUAAAAAAAUACCGUGAAGAGGGUCGACAUAUUUACUACUUGGAUGAAACCUCUGUAAAUUCUGGUGAAUGCACAGUAAAAUCACCACAGGACGAAUUUUUACCAGGUCAAACAACCGGAGUUGUAAAUUCGUCGGGAAAAGAUAAACACCUUAUAGUCCUCAAUAUAGGUUCGGAAGACGGCUUUGUACCAGAAGCAUUAUUAUGUUUUGAGUCGAAAAAAAAUGCAAGGAAUUCUCACGAUGAAAUUAAUGGUGAAACAUUUAACGAAUGGAUAGAGAGUAUAUUGCCUCGAUUAAAAGAGAAAUGUGUGAUAAUUAUGGACAAUGCCUCAUACCAUUCAAUAAAGAUUGAUAAAGCACCUACGUCGAAAACCGAGAAGGCUAAUAUUAUUAAGUGGUUGAAAGAUAAGAAUGAAAUCAUAGACAGACCUAUGGUUAUUCCACAACUCCUUGAAAUAGUGAAAAGGGUAAAGCAUGAUAAAUAUGUAGUUGACGAAUUAGCAAAACAAUAUGAUUCUAUUAUACUAAGACUGCCGCCAUAUCAUUGCGAGCUUAAUCCAAUGGAAUUGGCUUGGUCAUCGGUUAAAAAUUAUGUUACAACGAACAAUACAACUAAUAAAUUAACCGAUGUCGAACAAUUAUUAAUUGAGGGCGUCGAACGUGUGAAGCCAAACAUAUGGAAGGAUUUUAUCAGUCAGACGAAAAAAGAAGAAGACAAAUUUUGGAAAAUUGACUUCAUUGUAGAUGACUUAUUAUCUGCAGAGGUAGAAACUCUAACGACGACAAUCGGAGAUACAUCAUCAGACGAAUCCAGCAUUACUGACUAAUUUUUUAUUUUAUUAUUUUGAAUACAUUUUUAAAAAAAAUUAUUGUACCUUAUAUAUUUUUAAUUUUUUUUUUUAUUGUUCGUAUAUUGUAUAAUAUGAAUAUUUAUACUCUCUAUUUGAUAUAUACUUAACCAAUAAAAAAACCUAA